AUGUUGUCUAGAACUGUUUUAAGAACAUUGAAACCGUUGAAUAUUGUUUCAAUUACACCAAGAUGUCAAUUAUUAAGAUUUAAUUCUUCCAAAUCAACUCCCAACAACAACAACAACUCCAACAACUCCAACCCUGGCCAACUUGAUAUUAAUGAUGAAAUAUUCAAGAAAUAUUCACAACAAUUACAAAAGAAAGCUCGAGAAUUAGGGAUUCCAUUAAAUGAAUUAAGAAUCAAAUUUCAAGAUAAAAUUGAAAAAGUAAAACUAGAAUUAGGUGGGAUUGAUCCAACUGAAGAAUUGAAACAAUUUUUUGAACAUGAAAAACAAAAGAAACAACAGAACCAAAACGAUAAUGAUGAUGGAACGAUUAAAAUUAGAGGAAUUAAAGAUCGUGAUGCACCCAAAUUACCAUAUAAAGUAUUAGAUAAUUAUAUUAAUUUAUCUAAAGCUAAAGAAUUACCUCGUGAUGAUAUCAUUAAAAUUUGGACAGCAAGAUUUAUUAAUAAUGAUCGAGCAUUGCAUGCCAUAUUAACUCAUUUACAAUUUGCUCAACUUUAUACUAAUGCAUUCAAAUAUCCUCAAUUUGUAUUACCAUUACCAAAACCUCAACAAGAUGGUUAUGAAUUAGAAUUUGUUCAAUGGCAAUUUGUUGGACCCAAUACUAUUAAUUGUAUGUUUACCACAUUAGCGGAAUAUAAAUUACAUGGAGAAUAUGCUUCUCCUCAUACAACUUUAACUUUCCAUUUAGAAUUGGCACAAGAUAAAGAUCUUGUAUUGAUGAAUGGAUUUAAUAAUAAAGAAAGUGGGAUUUCUAUGGAUGAAGCUCAUUUAUUGGUGGUUAUGUUACAAAGAUUUUAUAGUGGUAAAAACCCACAAAUGACUCAAUUAUUACAUGAAUUUAAUAAAGGUAACGCUGAAUUUGAUAUUGAUGCUUUGAUUAAACAAGCAACUAGUGUGUAA